AUGGCAAAUGCUUGGAAGAAAGACCGAUCCAUUAAAUUCGCCACCCCAAAAAGCAUCUUCCUCCUCUUCUCCACUUCUCUCGUCCUCCUCACCUUCUUCUACCUCUGCACUCACACCACAACCUCAUCAAACCCAAACCCUAAUUUCAAAACCCUAAUAAAUCUCCCCAACUCACUAAUCCAACCAUUCGAUUGCUACAAAUCACCUCAAUCACAUCCAGUCAUCGCAAACCUAGUCGAAGGCGUUAAAUAUCCAUUUCUCUACUCUCUAUCUGAUUUCGGAACAUUACCUGAUAAACCCCACAAGAACAUCGUCCGGAUCUUGAAAGGAAAGUUAUUCAGAAGACCCGACAUCUCUGUAACUGUUCAGGACUUAUUGGAGAAGAAGAAGGCUGAAGGAAAAACCGGGAUUUUCAUUGAUGUUGGAGCAAAUGUAGGCAUGGCUACCUUCGCUGCUGCAGUUAUGGGGUUUAGGGUUUUUGCUUUUGAACCCGUUCUUGAAAAUCUACAGAGCAUUUGUAACGGGAUUUAUUUCAAUCGAGUUGGAGAUUUAGUUAACGUUUUUGAAGCUGCUACUUCUGAUCAAAUCGGAAACAUAACAUUUCACAAGUUGGUUGGAAGGCUAGAUAAUAGUGCAGUUUCAGCAACUGGUGCAAAGAUGGCUUUCAAAUCAAAUGAAGAAAUUGAAAUGAAAGUGAGAUCGAUUCCUCUUGAUAAAGUGAUACCAGAGAAUGAACAUGUGUUGCUUUUGAAAAUAGAUGUUCAGGGUUGGGAGUAUCAUGUGUUGAAAGGUGCAAAAAAGUUGUUAUCAAGAAAGAAAGGUGAAGCUCCAUACUUGAUUUAUGAGGAAGAUGAAAGACUUUUACAAGCUAGCAAUAGUAGUUCAAAAGAGAUAAGAAAAUUUCUUGGUGAUCUUGGGUACACUCAUUGUGUGCAACAAGGUACUGAUGCUCAUUGCACUAAAUAGUGAUUACUUUUAUUAUCAAAAAGAUAUGAUUAGAUUGAUUGAUCAUGGGGUGUUCUUAUUUGGUUUAUUGUGUAAUUGUAGCAAUUGAUAGUUGUUAUUAGAUGAGUGUUGUAAUUGUUUCUAGAGGGAGUUCAUUGGAAUUUGGAAGUAAUACUUUUAACAGAUUGCACC